CUGUCAGUGUCAAAGUGACAGUACGAAAUUUCUUGAAUUUGCGACGAAAAAAUACGCGAAAACCGGUGAAUCUCAAUAAUAAAUUGUGCAGUAUUAUAAAUUAAAUAUGAAUUUCACUCCUGAAUUGUCAGCAUUUCAGGGAGUCAUAAUAUCAGCAGACAAUGUGAAUCAAUUUUCGAAAAUAACAGCUAGAGGCGGUAACGAAGAAACAAUUCUUACUAUAGUAAGCAGCUUGUACACAUUCUUACAUGAAAAACAAUACCUCUCCAAUGAUGGUGUCACAGAAAAGGCUAAAUCUGAACUACGCAAGUUUACCUUCUACUUAUUGUUAAAUGCAGACUUCUCAAUCCUCGAGGAACUGGUGGAGAUGCCUGGAAUAGACAUGGUCAUCUGGACCGUGCCCACCAUCACCAAAUGCCUCAUCUGUGAGAUGAUAUGGGGUCUCAAUAUGGAACCCUUCUUGUAUGAAGUCAUUUCAUUUUGUCAGUCUUCAAUGGCAUUGCAAGUAGUGCAACCCUUUAUCGAUAGUUUAAAGUAUAGCCCAUUAGAAACAAGUCUUGCGAAAAUAAAGCUGCUUUCGGCGGCCUGCUACAGACACAUUAGCAGAAUGAACUUUUUCACCUACGACAAUAGCUUCUUGUUCCCCACCCUGACAGAGUUCUAUGAAACACUACUCAGAUGUAUAACAUAUUUUGUGACACCACCACGCCCAGAAAGGAUUGAGAGACUUCCUGAUGAUGAAAAAUACAAGUACAUGGGAAACAACUUGAUCACAGUAAUAAAGCUAAUCCUAGAAUGCUUUACACUGUACACUUCUUUAGAAAAGUUUGAAACUGAAGGCUUUGAAGACAUGUAUUUAUGCACAAUCAAACCUGAAAGUAUUCAGAACAGGGGAGGAGCAUACCGGCCUUGUGACUUACCUGAAGGCUCAGUUUUUCAGUGUGUGCAGAAGUGCAACUCAGCUUUAGUAGACAAAUGUAUGGCGGUGGUGAUGGAAGUCAGCGUUGAUGUCUUCUGCGCUUGGAGUGAGUUUGAGGAAAAUGGAAAAACAAUGCAACAAUCUGUGGGGGAGAUGUGCUACUUGUUGCUCUCUAAACUGACAAAAAUUAGUGCUUUCUCAGAUCAUCCUAUAAAAAAUAUGCUUCCUCAAAUCUCAUGUAAGCCAGUUGAUAUACAUGACAUCAUUAAAGUUGCAGACACUGAAACCAUUAUUGAAAAUGUCAGCAAAGGAUUAGAACACAAAGUAUUAUGGCUGCAAGCUCUGAUAGAAAAAGAUGAACUAUGCCAAAAUAUGCAGUCAAUAGCAUGCCUCACCGCAAACAUAGACUUCCUGAAAGGUGAUCAAUGUGCACAGCUCAUGAAGAAAAUUAUUCAUUAUGUAGAAGAAAACAGUGCUGCAGAUGAAUCAGUCAAACUCCUAGCCAUAAACAUUUUCAGUAAAUGCAACCACUCAUCAAAGGAAAUGGUGCUGGAAGAGCAUUUCAAGAACAAUGUGUUGAACAAUUCACUUGAGACCUCACAGCUAAACGACAUGCAGACUGAAAUUUUCAACAAGCUAGUGGCCACACCUGAUGCCGAUAUCACACAUGUUCUAUCAGUAUUCAUCCAAAACCCAUACCUCACUUACACAAAAAUCUUAAACACUGCAAUAGAGAACAACAAACAAUGUGACAUCAUGCUGCGUGUCAUGUCCAUGUUGAGCAAAUACACAAACCACUACUACAAAACUGACACCGAAGCCUGCCUAGUAAAAAGCAUAGAAAAAUACCCUCUAACCAGCCUUGAAUCAGACAAACAGAGGAGUAGCUUUGUUCACUUCAUAGUGGAGCUGAGGAGGGCUGAAAUAUUAACGGCUGCAAAGCUGCUUCUGCUAGUCAUAAUGCCGAGCCUCCACCGGGCUAUAGUGCAGAAGGACUGCGGGACGGUCAGCGUGCAGGUGCGGCUGCUCUCCGGUGCGUACAGCCUGGACGAGCUGCUGCAGUACCGCGCGCCGGUGCUGGCCAUGCUGGCGCAGGUACUGGAGGCCGUGCGCUGGACUCUGCCCACCUUCACCGGAGACGCUCCCACAGCGCUCGAAGAAUCUCUGCAACUGCAAAUGAAGCUGUUUAAAGCUUACAAUGGCGUCGUUCCAGCCAAAGACAUGCACUGGCUGAAAAGCAAGCUCGUGAGAUUAGGGCCAAUGAAUAUGUACUACUACAGAGACAUCUGGAACCCUCCCGGCGAUAAUUACAUAGAAAUAAUCAGCGGCAAGAAAGAGAUGUCUAAUGAUGAACUAGUCGUGUUGUUGGCAAAGGUGCUCUGCUCAGCCAGCCCCACCGAAUGGUCGGAGGUGUGGGACAGCCUGCGCUGCCGCGGCGAGACAGAGACGCUAGACAUCCUGUAUAACGCCUUCUCCCUCAUCACGGUGGCCGAGAGUGAGAACCGCACCGACAGCACCCGCGCCUGUAUGCUGUACUGCUUGAGGAACUUGGCGCUCGUUACUAAGGACAAAGUUUCAACCGUGCCACUAUCAGACAGUCAAGUUUCAAACUUACUGGACAAAGCAGUAACUAUAAUGAACAUCCAAAAAGACGUCGAUGUCGAAGAUGUGUCCACCGCCAUAUUGCCCCUUCUCUCUUACAUAGCGGAAAAGAAAAGGACAGAAUACACCGUCGAUACACACAACAUAGCCAGAAGAAUAAAGUAUGAGAGCUUCGCCAUAUUAGUAAGACAAAUAUUUACUAAUGCGAAUAAUUGUUAAGUAUAACUGUGAUUAAAUUAACUAUUGUAAUUAGAUGAAAAUGUUCCUUUAAUAAAUGUUUACUAUCGU